AUGCCAUUUUAUGAACGUCUCCAUCCAGUGAAUGUCCUUCUGUGUUUUCUGAUGCUGCUUGUUGAUCGUUUGGGAUGCAGAGCUGAUGUAUCCUUGAGAGACCGGGCUCUUGAGAUCAUGAAGAAUUCGCGUUUAAUUGAUGGACACAAUGACCUGCCGCUGAAGCUGAGAUGGCACUAUCAAAACAAGCUGAGCAAAAUCGACUUAAGGACACUCAACACAACAGCCACAAAUAUCCAUAAACUCAAAACUGGCCAUGUCGGUGCUCAGUUUUGGUCAGUGUACGUUCUCUGCAGCGCUCAGAACAAAGAUGCUGUACGCCUGACCCUGGAGCAGAUCGAUGUUGUCAAGCGGAUGUGUGAAUCCUCUAAGGAAUUUGAGCUGGUGACAACUGCUCAGGGCAUUGAAAACAUUCCAAACGAUAGGAUAGCUUGCUUGAUCGGCAUCGAAGGGGGUCACACCAUUGACAGCAGUCUCGCGGCUCUGCGGAUGUAUUACGAACUGGGUGUCCGGUACAUGUCACUAACGCACACCUGCAACACUCCCUGGGCAGAAACGUCAUCAAAACAUGUACACAGUUUCUAUCCUGGCACGAAAGGCUUGACCGCUUUUGGCAAAGAAGUGGUGAAGGAGAUGAAUCGCCUGGGGAUGAUGAUUGACUUAUCGCAUGCCUCUGAUGCCACGGCCAGGGCGGCCCUUAGCACCUCCAAAGCGCCGGUCAUUUUCAGCCAUUCCUCCGCCUUCUCGGUCUGCAACCAUUCACGCAACGUUCCUGAUGAUAUUCUACAACGUCUGAAAAAGAAUAAUGGGAUUAUCAUGGUGUCAUUCUCAACUACAAUGUUGGCCUGUGGUGACCGACCAGUGAACAUUUCCACUGUUGCAGAUCACUUUGACCACAUAAGGAAAAUUGCAGGUUCCAAAUCGAUAGGAAUUGGCAGUGACUACGAAGGAGCAAAUCACUUCCCUGAGGGGCUGGAAGAUGUUUCAAAAUACCCAGCCUUGAUCGAGGAACUGCUGAGGAGACGCUGGAACGAUGCAGAACUGCGUGGCAUUUUGAGAGACAACAUUCUGCGUGUUUUCAGCGAGGUAGAAAAAGUGCGGCAAAAAAGUUCAUCGGCGAAUGCAAGCGAAGAGGAGAUUCCUCCUGAAACGAUCAUGCAUUCCUGUCGCUUGGACCUGAGGUAUCCUCCUGUGCCGACCACAGGUUCCUACGGAGCACCUUCCUGGGGGCAACUGACAUGUCUAAUAGUCCCUUUGGGGGUGUUUGUAGCGCUACACUGA